CCUAUGUUCAAACCAGAGCUGAGCUCCACAGCUGAAAAAGUUUGAGCUAAUAAACUGACAAGUAUCUAACAACACAAGAUGGGAAGCGGAAUUAGUUCAGAGAGCAAGGAGUCAGCCAAAAGGUCAAAAGAACUAGAGAAAAAGCUUCAGGAAGAUGCUGAGCGAGAUGCAAGAACUGUAAAGUUGCUGUUAUUAGGAGCAGGAGAAUCUGGAAAAAGUACUAUUGUGAAACAGAUGAAGAUCAUCCAUAAGAACGGUUACAGCGAGCAAGAAUGCAUGGAGUUCAAAGCAGUCGUUUACAGUAAUACAUUGCAGUCCAUCCUAACUAUUGUGAAAGCCAUGACUACCCUUGGGAUUGAUUAUGUAAAUCCCAAAAGUGCAGGAGACCAACAACAACUUUGUGCAAUGGCAAAUACCCUGGGAGAUGGUGGCAUGACACCUGAACUGGCCGAGGUAAUAAAACGAUUGUGGAGAGAUCCAGGAAUUCAGGCCUGCUUUCAAAGGUCAUCGGAAUAUCAGCUCAACGACUCAGCAGCUUACUACCUUAAUGAUUUGGACAGAAUAACAGCUCCUGGAUAUGUUCCCAAUGAGCAAGAUGUUCUACAUUCUCGAGUGAAAACAACUGGAAUCAUUGAAACUCAAUUCUCCUUUAAAGACUUGCAUUUCAGAAUGUUCGAUGUAGGCGGACAGAGAUCUGAGAGAAAGAAAUGGAUUCACUGCUUUGAAGGUGUUACAUGCAUAAUAUUUUGUGCUGCACUCAGUGCCUAUGACAUGGUUCUAGUGGAAGAUGAAGAAGUGAACAGAAUGCAUGAAAGCCUUCACCUCUUCAAUAGUAUCUGUAAUCACAAGUACUUUGCAACCACCUCCAUUGUCCUGUUUCUCAAUAAAAAAGAUCUCUUUCAAGAAAAAGUAACCAAAGUGCAUCUCAGCGUCUGCUUUCCAGAGUACACUGGGCCAAAUACAUUUGAAGAUGCGGGGAACUACAUCAAGAAUCAGUUUCUAGAUCUGAAUUUAAGAAAAGAAGAUAAGGAAAUUUAUUCUCAUAUGACCUGCGCUACAGAUACCCAAAAUGUCAAGUUUGUGUUUGAUGCAGUAACAGAUAUAAUAAUCAAAGAGAAUCUGAAAGACUGUGGACUUUUCUAAUCUAUCCUUUUUUCUUCCAUUCUUGCUCAUGUACAUUUUUCAAGAUAUAAAAGGAAAGAGGCUAUGUGAUUUGUUUAGUUUUAAUAGAUAUUAAGUUAUUUAAAAAUAUAACUAGCAUUAUAAAGCAAAAAAUUUUCACACAAAGUUUUAAUGUAUUGUCACCUAUAUCUGGAUAAUUUUCCAUUUCUCUGGGACAUUGUGGUUGAGAGUGUCUUUGAAGUCCUCAGGUCUAAAAACAGAUAUAUUUUGGUAAUGCUAUGUCAGUACAUAUCACUGACACUGAGUUUGCUUAGAAAUAAACUUCUGCAUUGUGGCCCAUUUUUAAUCAUAGAACAAUGAAAAAUGCAAGGUAACCCAUAUCACUGUCUAGAUUCUGAGGGUCAUUCAUUUCUGUUAAUAAUGUAACUGUGGGUGUACUGUAGAGACUAUUCAAAGAUGAUACAUGUGGUGUUUUAUCGGUCAAAAUGAAAUGUUCACUAUACAUGUGCUUGCUAUUGGGAAAUUAUAUAUGCAAAAGAAAUGCAUGCAAUUUUUGUUUCCUUGGAAAGUAUCACUAAUGCUAAAUUUACCCUUAGAAUUGAGGGUUUCAAUAACCGUUUUGCACCAAUUUGGUUGGAAAUAAGGGACCAUGUAUGACUGAGUAUACAAUGUAAGGCUUUCAGGUUGAACAAGAGCUCUCUCCAUGGACCACUCACUUCCCACGUUUUAUUCCACAGCAGCAAGGAACAUUAUUAUAAUUGAUGGUGUGUGGUCAAUUCUAGACUACAAGAGAGAAAAAAAUAAUUCAAUGUCUUAGCAUAAGUACGUUUUGGUUUUGUGGAUAAGAAGUAGAAAGAGUGAGUAGUUAGAGAUUUUUUAGAAGAGAAACAUCAAGCAUCUCUGUUAGUACUCUGUGGUUCAUUCUAAAUGUUAUAUGGCACGCUAAUGGCCAAAGCCUCCUUUUCAAAAGCUAUUUUGGUGCCUUACAAACCAAAGCAUAUGAUUUAUGAAUAGAGAAGAUGUCUUUUUUUAAGUAUGUACCAUUUACAACAUAAACUUUUUAAACAUGUUUCAAUAUUGUUUACUUUCAACACUUGCAGAAGGUGGUAUAGGUCAAAAUAGUAGGUCAGGGCAUGAGAUUUAGAACUACCCUGAAAAGAGAGCUAAUUAGGUUUUUAUAGUCUAGAACUAGAGUUAAGAGAAACAUAAAUUAGCAAUUUGCCAAUCUGUAGCUCAGAUUGAUUUAGAUAGCUCAGUAAGUUACCUUGACUAGAGUGUCUCUGGAUUUAUUUUCAAAAACA